UGGCGCCAAAGGGAAUGAGGAACAGGGGAGGGGAGUGGAGAGCUCGAUCGAUGCGUGCGUGUGGACUUUCGUGGGAUCUCCAAAUCUCGAGUGGCAUUGCCGCCGUGUUGAUUGCGCUCCACAUUUCACUGGCGAUGGUACAGUAAAUCUCUAGUUCUUAGCCGCGGGGGGGCAGGGAAGAAUGCUGGGGAAUAUUUAGGUGGAGAGCUCUGGGACACGAUCGAUUGAUCGCUUGAUUGAUUGAUUGAACGAAGGGAAACGAAGAGGGGAAAGACUCGCAGGUAGCAGGGCAAUGGGGAGGAGGAGGCUGCGAUUCAAGUUCACCAAUGUAAUCUCUAGAGUGUUCCUUCUCCGAGCGCAUCGCGUCAAGCCCGUGGCGCCAUCCUCAGUGGUAGCGCCGGCAGCGAGCAAGAAAUCUUCUUCUUCUUUCACCAGCGAUUCCAAUCGGGAAGAAGAGCCCGAGGAGGAGAGGAGUCUCAUCGCUCCAGCUCCAGCGGCUCCAGCUCCCGCGAAGGCAAAGAAGAAGAACAGGAAGCCGGUGUUUGGAUACAGCUGCUGCUCGCGAGAGGAAGCCAUUGUCCGCGAGAAUUGCCAGUACAAGCGCGUCAAGGGAUUGAGCAAGAAGCCUGUUGGAGCAGCGAGCUCUCGAGCAGCGCCCAUGGUAGUCGCGUCUCGCCAGGAGGAGGAAAUGUGGGAGCGAGAGGGCUUGUGGAGCGUGAUUGCCGCAGUGGACAGUGGCAAAGUGGUGAAGAAGAAGGUGGUUCUCAAGAAGAGAAAGAAGAGCCAAUCCUCUCCAAGGCUGCUGAGAGCUCCCGCGAAUUCGGAGAUCUCCGCGAUGGAGGAACAAGUAUUGAUCGUCGGCCAGGCCGCGCGGGUUACUAGCGAUCCAUCUUCGUCGGAGAGGGAGAGGAAAGGAUCAUCCACGCAUACAUUCCGGCUGAGUACCUCGUCCGGGGAUGCCAGCUUGGGCCCGGAGGCUCUGGCGUGGGACAAGGAGCAUUCUUUGUUCGCAAGCGACGACAGCAGCGCGCCCGGCUCGAGCAAGCUCGUCCACCGUGCCACGACUCUGGAGGACGAGCAGCGGCACGAAGCGAUCGAGGAGGUGGGAUUAAAGAAUCACGCGGGCCAGACUCCCAGGCCCAAGAAAUCUUCUAGUAGCAGUAGCGCAAGCACUAGCGGCAGCAGCGGCGGCGGCACGAGGGGCCACCACCAUCGCCACCACCUCCACCACCACCACCACCACCACCAUCACAAUUCUUCUUUUCAUCUCUCGAGAAAUCACGCUAGCGGCAACAAGAUGACGGGAGCAUUGUCGGAGUUUGAUGAGCUAGGCUUGCUUCUAAGUUCGUCGUCAAAGAUGCCUCCUCCUCCUCCUCGGUGCGAUGGCAAGAGGAUAUCAUCGGCAAGCUCGCUCGAAUCCAGCGCAAAGUUUUGGGAGGAUGGCCGUGAGGUGGCGAGCAAAGUUCUUCCAGAGUUUCCGAGGCACAAGGUUGGCGCGGAGAGUGCUCCAGCUCUAGACGAUCACGCGAGGACGAAGAAGAAGAAGAAGCCCAAGGAUCUGGUACGAGGGAAAGUCCGGGAGAGCGUCCCGGUGAUGCUCGUCUCCAGCAAUCCAUACGAGGAUUUCCGGCAGUCAAUGGUCCAGAUGAUCUUCGAGAAGCGGCUCAACAAGGCCGCGGACUUGGAGGAGCUGCUCGAGUGCUACCUCUACCUCAAUCCGCCGGGGUUUCACGAGGUGAUCGUGCAAGUUUUCACGGAUUUGUGGCUCCAGGCGUUGAGCACAGAGAAUCAGCAGCAGCAGAAUAUAUGAUGAGAAGCCCGAGAAGAAAAAGUUGGGAAAAAAGUAGCGUCGGCUCGAGGUGGUCAGUGAUACGAACGGAGCAAAGCGCCGCCUUGUCAGGUGAAAAAGAGCUCUUUUCCUACUGUUCUUCGCGGCUAAUCGAGCUUUAGAAGUGAAGUACGCUUUGGAUGAGAAAAGAAAAACGAGAUUUUUCUUAGACCA